GGGACUCAGGGGGCCCAGGAAACCAGAAAUGGACUCAGUGGCCUUUGAGGAUGUUAAUGUGGAGUUCACCAUGGAGGAGUGGGCUUUCCUGGAUCCCACCCAGAAGAAACUCUACACAGAUGUGAUGCUGGAAACCUUCUGGAACCUAGCAUCUGUAGCAUGUAUUUUAGAAGAACAAUGUGAUGACCAUGACAGUGAAGAUCAGUAUGAAAAUCAUAGGAGAAAUCUUAGACGCAAACUGUACCUGUGUCAGGAAUAUGAAGAAAAACCUUAUAAAUAUAAGGAGCCUGAGAAAGCUUUAAAGCCUCACCGACAUAUUCAGAGCCAUGAAGGCAGCCCCAAUGGGAAAACUUUCUACUAUUCAGCUUCCCUUAGAAAUCAUGAAAGGACGCAUGUUCCUGGGAAACCAUAUGAGUGUGAGCAAUGUGGGAAAGGCUAUAAUCGUCUCAUUUUCUUUAAACUUCAUAAAAAUACUCAUAGGAGAGAGAAACCAUAUCAAAGUAAACAACAUGGCAAAGCUUUCAGUUCUCCCAAUUCCACUUCUCUUAGAAAUCCUGAAAGAACUCGUACUGGUGAGAAACCUUAUGAAUGUGGGAAUGUCUUCAGUUGGCUCAGCUCUCUUGGAAAACAUAAAAGAAGUCAUGCCGGAAAGAAGUCUCAUGAAUGUAAGGAAUGUGGUAAAACUUUCCUUUAUCCCUCUUUCCUUAAAAUUCAUGAAAGAACUCAUACUGGCGAAAAGCCCUAUGAAUGUAAGCAAUGUGAGAUAGCUUUCAAACAUCCCAGUUCUCUUAGAAAUCAUGAAAGAAUGCAUACUGGGGAGAAACCCUUUGAAUGUAAACAAUGUGGAAAAGCUUUCAUACAUUCCACUUUUCUUAGAAAUCAUGAAAGGAUCCAUACUGGAGAGAAACCCUAUAAAUGUAAACAAUGUGGGAAAGCCUUCCAUUAUAGCAGCUCUCUUGUUAAACAUAAAAAAAAUCAUGACAGCAAGAAGCCUCAUGAAUGUAAGGCAUGUGGUAAAACUUUCGCUUAUCCCUCUUUCCUUAAAAAUCAUGAAAGAAUACAUACUGGGGAGAAACCCUUUGAAUGUAAACAAUGUGGGAAAGCUUUCAUACAUUCCACUUUUCUUAGAAAUCAUGAAAGGAUCCAUACUGGAGAGAAACCCUAUAAAUGUAAACAAUGUGGGAAAGCCUUCCAUUCUAGCAGCUCUCUUAAAAAACAUAGAAAAAAUCAUGAUGGAAAGAAGCCUCAUGAAUGUAAGGAAUGUGGUAAAACUUUCCCUUAUCCCUCUUUCCUUAAAAAUCAUGAAAGAAUGCAUACUGGGGAGAAACCCUUUGAAUGUAAACAAUGUGGGAAAGCUUUCAUACAUUCCACUUUUCUUAGAAAUCAUGAAAGGAUUCAUACUGGAGAGAAACCCUAUAAAUGUAAACAAUGUGGGAAAGCCUUCCAUUCUAGCAGCUCUCUUGUUAAACAUAAAAAAAAUCAUGACAGCAAGAAGCCUCAUGAAUGUAAGGCAUGUGGUAAAACUUUCCCUUAUCCCUAUUUCCUUAAAAAUCAUGAAAGAAUGCAUACUGGGGAGAAACCCUUUGAAUGUAAACAAUGUGGGAAAGCUUUCAUACAUUCCACUUUUCUUAGAAAUCAUGAAAGGAUCCAUACUGGAGAGAAACCCUAUAAAUGUAAACAAUGUGGGAAAGCCUUCCAUUCUAGCAGCUCUCUUAAAAAACAUAGAAAAAAUCAUGACGGAAAGAAGCCUCAUGAAUGUAAGGAAUGUGGUAAAACAUUCCGUCGGCCCUCUUCCCUUAGAGAGCACGAAAGAACUCAUACUCCGGUAAAACGCUAUGAAUGUAAGCAUUGUGGUAAAGGUUUCUAUUAUCGAUCUUCUCUUCAAAAUCAUGAAAGAACCCAUACUGGGGAAAAACCUUAUAAAUGUAAGGUAUGUGGGAAACUUUUCUCUGGUUCAGCUUCCCUUAAAUAUCACAAAGGAAUGCAUACUGGGGAAAAACCUUAUCAAUGUAAGCAAUGUGGGAAAGCCUUCUUUUUCCCCAGCUCUCUUGCAAAUCAUAAAAAAAAGUCAUGCCGGAAAGAAGCCUCAUGA